AUGGCUAAUGAUUUCUUUAUGCAUAUAAUUGGUGAUGGGGAGAGCACUUUUUUUCUUACUGAUUUGUGGCAUCCUAAUGGAAGGUUGAUUGAAUGGGUUAGUAGGGAUGUUAUCGAUGAAUUAUGUUAUAGUUUUGAUUGUACGGUGGUUGACUUUAUGGAUGAGGAAGGGUGGUACUUUCCAGAUAGUGUGGAAGAUGAUCUUCCUCAGACAAUUAUGAAACUGAAAGAAGUGAAUUGUGAUAAGUCUGUCCCUGAUAUGAUUGUUUGGAAGCCAAGUUCCUUAGGAAUGUAUACUAUGAAAGAUACUUACAAGACCUUAGCUAGGGAAAAGGAAUCUAUUCUAUGGACUAAACUUGUUUGGUUUUCUUCUCAUGUUCUUAAACACUCUUUCAUUACUUGGCUAAGUUUACAUGGGAGACUUAAAACUAGAGAUAAAAUGGUCAAGUGGGGUUUAUUGCAGUCUGCAAAUUGUGUUCUCUGUGAGGUGAGGAAGGAUGAGAUCGCAUGGUGUUUGAAUGCUUUCAGUGGGCAAGGUCUUGUUUCUAGAAUUAAAAAACUGAUUCUGAAUUGUUUUGUGUACCAUGUGUGGAGGGACAGGAAUAGCAGAAUUUUUACAAGUAAGUACUCUUCUGUUGAUCAAGCUGGUUACACUAUUUUAUAUGAUGUGAGACUCAAGUUCUUUACUGGUGGUUGGGGUGCUAUUCUGAGAACUAAUUCUGGUGAAAUUGUUGUUGCUGCCAAGGGAGGUGGUCCUUCCAUUUCAGUUAACGCCCAUGAGCUUCAAGGAGUGGAGCUAGGUUUAAUCUGGCCAUUGUCAUAG